UCUACAUCUUGACCCUUUUAUAUAUAGUUGAUAUGUACGCAUUAGGGUUUUCAAUAGCAGCGGCAGCCACACCACACCUCACCUCACCUCACCGUACUCUUCCAAACCCUUUCCUUCCUUUCUUCAGGUAAAGUUUGGUAGAAGAUGGGUCGUGUUAGAACCAAGACUGUGAAGAAGUCUUCACGCCAGGUGAUUGAGAAGUACUACUCGAAAAUGACACUGGAUUUUCACACGAACAAGAAGAUCUUGGAAGAGGUUGCAAUCAUCCCCUCCAAAAGGCUGCGAAACAAGAUUGCUGGAUUCUCAACCCACUUGAUGAAGAGAAUUCAGAAGGGUCCAGUCAGGGGCAUCUCAUUGAAGCUUCAAGAAGAAGAGCGUGAACGCCGUAUGGACUUUGUCCCAGAUGAAUCAGCCAUUAAGAUUGACGAAAUUAAGGUUGAUAAGGAGACACUUGAUAUGCUUGCUGCUUUCGGCAUGUCGGACAUUCCUGGACUUGUGGAGGUUGAGCCACAAGCUAUGAUUCCUCCCCAAGCUUUUGGAAGGGGUGCAGGUGGCCCAAGGAGAUACUAAGGUAAGGUAAUUGAGACUACUCAACAGCUUUUGGGAAUUAGAAGUUUUUUGUUAUUUAAUAUCAUAAGGCCAUGGAUAUUAUUGUUGCUAGUUACUAUCAGAUUGGUCCUUAAAUGUUUGACUUGUCUUUUUAGUUUUGAUUUUGAAUGGAUGUUUAAAUCAUUUUGGACAUGGAUGAUGAUACUUUUGUUUUAAGUUUUGAAGAUCUCUGAAGUAAACGUUUUUGGUAUUAGUCAGAUUUCACAAUUGCCAUUC